AUGCCCCCGACAACAUCAACAACCACCACAGAACCCACCAUGCUACCAACCAGCUCAGCACCAACAGCCACUGGCACCACCCCCUCAUGCACCCCCAGCGGUGGAACCAAACGCAACAAGAAGAUCAUCCUCGUCGACCCCAAAAGGAAGGAAGCCAACAAGGCGUUUCUCCAAAGCGUUAGAGACGCUGGGCUACGACAUAGGAACGGUGAGCCUAGACAUAUCCGGGUGUACGAUUGGAGGGUUUUGGAGGAGUUGAAGGAGGAAGAAAAAAGGUGCGGGAAGAGUGGGAGGGAGUGUGAUGAGAUUAAACUUGAUAUGAGGAGAAGUGGGAGUAUUUGGAGGAGGUAUUGGGUUGGGUUGACUUGA